AUGAUGUAGCCCUCUCAGGCAAACUAUCGUAUUGCUGAGGAAUAUAUAUUGUCUAAUAUUCAAGGACACACAUUUCCCGAAACAAAUGACAACGAAAUAAAGCGAAAUAUUAAAAAGUUAAUGGAAAAAUUCAUAAUUCACAACUAAAACGACAAGGCUGAGAGACUGUCGUAUUUGAUUGAUUAGUUUGCAAAGCGAAAGUUGAAAAAUAAUGGAGGGGGGUAUGGAGAAAUUCACUAUUCUGUAGUAAGAAUGCUGCUACUUCUUUAGUAAUCACCAACAGAUUUAGAAAGCAUUGAAGAGUUUAAAAACAACAAGAUUUAUAGGACAAAGGAAGAAAUGCAGAUAAUUGAAGAUAAGAAAAUAGAAGAACUCCUGAAGAUAAAAACUGAAGAGGACAAAGUUAUCUAGGCAAUCUAGGAUGAGUGGGAAAAUGAGUUCGAAGAGUCUAGUGAUGAUUAAUUUGACAGUGAUGAUGAGGAUUUGAAAGUAUUAAAUAGACAAAGGAAAAAUAAAUCAGAAGCAAACUACAAAGAUAAUAGUAAAGCUAAUGAAUAGGUCAAUGCUACAGAGGAAUAAGAAUAAUUAGAAAUGGAUGAGACUCUUAUUAACAAAAUUAAAGAGGUAAAUAUAAAAAGAAUAGACAAGAAGUAAAUAGAAGACUCUUAAAUUUUCUUUGGAGGAAUGCCUCUUAACAAGAUAAAAGCUCCUAUUAUUAAAACCAUUCCAAAGAAGACAUAGGUAAAAAAGCCUUGGUAGAGGCCUAAGAAGUUCAACAUAAAUGCAUUUUUAGAUAAAUAUUUAAGCGAAUUUCAGCCACCAGAGAAUCCCUACUAUCAAAAACUUAAAUAAAAAGAGAGAGAGGAGUAGGAAUUCAAGCUUGAAAGACAGGAGAAGCUAAGAAACAUUCUUGGAGUAAGAACAUUUGAUCAACUGUAAGAGUAGUUAUCGAAGAGGAUUAUUGAUAACGAUCUAAUUAAGAAUAGUAAAUUGCACUAGGAAUCAUAAGUGAAUUAACAUUAAAGUGGUUACACAGAGCCACUUAAUUUGCUAAGAGAUUUCUUGAAAUAACAGCAUGAUAUGAUCGGCCUUAUAAAUUACAAUGCAGUAACAGAGAGAUAGCUAGUGAUGGAUGUAGUUUUGAUGCUGUAAUAAUUGGAAUCACCUACUUUUAUGAAGACAAAGAAGAAAUAGGAUAGCAGAUGCACUUUUUAAAUUAGGAAUACUUUUCAAUUAAUUCAUGUCACUCCUAAGAUGAUGGAGUCAUUCCUAGCUGAGUUUAUUGAAAUGGGAAAUAUUAUAAACGAAACUCAAUGGUAUCUUAAAGGACUAACGAAGUAAUUAGACAAACUGGGAAUGGUGAUUGAAAGUUAUGUCUAUAUAGUUGAAAGAAUCCUGUAAAGAUUCUUCAGUGAAGUAAGUGACAUUUAAAAAAUAGUCUUAUACCAGGCAGGAUAAAUAUCUACCAGUCAACUAACUUUUAAUUCAAAGGAGUUAUCUAUGAUUAGCAACAUAAUUAAUCCUAAAGAUCCACUUACUUUGAUGAGACUUAAGGAGCUGCUAAAAGAUAAUGUGUUCAAAAAGGUAAAGCUGAUUCAUCAAGUAAUGAGAAUAGGUAUCAUGGAUUUUUACAUCAUUGAAGAGGACUAUAACUAUAUGGAUUAUCAAGAAAAUAGUGACUCAGAUAACGACAACUCUCAUAUUGCAUUAAUGGAGGAAACAGAGAUAAUUCAAAUAGAUAAGAUUAAACCUGCAGAUAGAGUCACAUAUUUACUCAACAGUCUCUUUAUUUUCAUCAAGAAUAAUUAACUGCUCUAAAACCAAGCAGAACUCAAUGUUCUAAAAGAGAUAUUCAUAACCUGCAUUGAAUAAUACAUUGGAAUAAUGGCAGACUGGGUUGAUAAAGGUGAGUUAAAAGAUCCCAAAUAAGAAUUUUUCAUUAAGGCUAAUCCCAAAGUAUUCGUAAAUCAGAUGGAACAAGGCGAGAACUAGCAAAAAGCUUCUUCUCAAAACUAAUGGAGAGAAAGCUUUAUCUUUAGAACCAUUAAUUUGAAGGAAUUGAUGGGCUAGGGCAAUUAAGGAGUAAGUCCAUUUUUGCAAGCAGCUGAGACUCAAAAAGUAGACGUUUCAAUCCCAAUCUUUCUAAGACCAGCAAUGAAAGAGAUCUUGUCCAUAGGCAAAUCAAUUAAGAUUAUCAGAUACUUAGAAAAGAAUAGCAUAGUUAAGAGUGGCUUUGAAGAAUUCUUUGACUUCAGAUAAAUAUAUCUAGAAAAGAUGUAGUAAUAGCUUCAAAUUAUUAAGCAGCAAGACGAUAUCUAAUUUAACUACUUCGAUGAACUUAAACAUCAACCUAAUUCUAAGUUGGUAGAGUGUGGAGACAAAAACUUAAAUGAUAUUUGGGAUCCAAGUUAUAAAAUUGGCAAUAUUAUGUAGGAGUCUAAGACUAUCAAAGACUAUAGAGAUCUGCUUAAUGUUGCUCCAUUUUCAUGGUCUCUUCAAGAUAGCUCCAGCAAUGGUAUUGGAUUAUUUUAGAUUCCCUAGAUUUAAAAAAAUUUGGAUGCUAGUUUUGCAUCUACUAAAUUUUCAGACUCUUUGGCUACACCUGAGAAAUUUGAUCACACUCCUGAAAGAUUAAUGCUAGACUUUGAAAUGAAAUCUGAAUAUGAUGAGGCAAAGAAUAAAGACGAUUUAAGUGUCAUUAAGAAGUAGCUUAUUGAUGAGGAUAAUUACUAGAUUUUAUCAAAUAAGUACAACUACAGUAAAUAAGAACUAAUGAAUUACGAGGAAUCUCUCAAUAAUUAUCAAGCUUUUCAAACUUUUGACUAUCUCUUAAAGAAUCCAGACAAUGAAAAAGAAGAGAUUAUUAAUCAAGAAAGUGCCAAAGUUUAUCAAUUUAGGCAGCAGACUAUAGAAAAUUUCAUCAGAACAAGCCUUACUAUUCCAAUCCAUUAAAUCUACAUAAAAACUUGCACAAGGUUUGUCAGAAAGCUAAAUGCCUAGUGCAAACUAUAGGAAAAUUUAAAGACAUUGCGCCAAAUUUUCUUUAUGGAAGCUGGCUAUUAAAUGCAUUAGUUCUCAACUUAGAUCUUUAAGCAACUAGACAAAGGCAAGCAAAUAGAUAAUCUCUAUAUGAUAAAUGGCCAUUUCAAUGAAAGCGUUUGCUAGAACUUAAAGGGAGCAGACUUUAUUGAGAAAAUUCGCAUUACAUUUUCUGAUGAACCUAAGACUCAUAAAGUUUUAUCUAUUAAUGCCCUUGACUACUUAAACUUAAGCUUCAACAGCGAAUGGCCAUUGGAGAUCAUUUUAGACAAAGAUACAAUCACUAAGUAUAACAUGAUUUUGCUGCAUCUUAUGAAAAUUAAGAGAGUUAACUAUGUGCUCUCUCUAAAGGAUUACUGGAUUAAGCCUAAAAUAAAUAUGCAGCCGUAUAAUCAAAUGACCAUCAAAGAGUAAAUCAUGUAUAAAAAUAAGAUUCUAUUAGACAAGUUAAUGCACUAAAUUUAGUUGACUCAGAAAGAAUUCUUGCAUUUUAGUAACAACCUUGAGUAUUAUUUGAAGACGAGAGCUUUCUAGUAAGUAUGCAACUAGCUUGACAUAAAACUAGCUGAUAUUCAGCAGGAUUUGGCUGAGUAAAUGAAUUAAAAUGAUCUUGAUACUAAUUCGAUGAUUGAUAUGGACGCUUUGGUAUAGAUUCACCAAGAUUUCUUAUUAAAUAUAAUGAGAUUAUGCCUACUUGAUAAUAAGAGUAAAUUGCUUUUGGAUAUGGUAUUGAAAGUAUUGCAGAUAUGUUUAAGUUUUAGGGAAUUAUGCCAAAAGUACUUCUUAAGAUCAGAAGGAUAAGGUUUAAACAUGAAUAAUUAUGACUAAAGUGCCAGUAAUAACUUAGAUGACAGUGAUGAUCUUGGCUUGAAUUUGUCAAUGGACUCAGAUAGAGGGGAAGAAGAUGUAAUGGAUACAAUUAAUAAAGAGAGAGAUGCUGAUAAAUUCGGCAGAGGGCUACUAAGAAUCGACAAUUUUAAGUUCAUAGAUAGGAUAGAGGAAUGCACAGUGGAGUUAAAUGAAUUAAGAAGCAAGUUCACACAAUGCAUGCAAAUACUCAUUGAUGCUUUAAAAAGAUAUACGAAGAAGGGAGUAUUUUCCUAUCUAGAUGAAGCUUUUACAAGGUUUAAUUUUAAUAAUUACUAUAUGAGUAGAGAUAGAGAAGGACUUGAUUGA